AUGUACGGGGACGGCCACAGCAACGUCUAUGUCAAAAACCUGCCGUCGGCGGUGGAUGAGCCCACGCUGAAGAACCUCUUCCAGCCCUAUGGCACGAUCACCUCCUGCCGCGUGAUGCGCACGCGUAACCCCGCGGGGCACAACUUCGGCUUCGUGCGCUUCGGCACCGUCCAGGAGGCCAUGGCGGCGAUCGAGACCAUGAACGGCGCCCAGGUGGGCGAUUUGGUUAUAGAGGUCAAGUUCGCGGACUCAGAUGUCAACGACCGUGGGAGCAAAGCAGGGGGGCAGGGAGGUGGCGAAGAUCUCGAGCAGAGCCCGUCGGACAAUUUGUACGUGCGCGGCUUUCCGGGGACCUACACCGAGAACGACAUCCAGACUAUGUUCUCGGCCAUUGGCACGAUCGUGGAGUGCCGCGUGCUGCACAGCAAGGAGGCGGGCCGGAGCGGCGUGGCGCUGGUGCGCAUGUCCAGCGUGCUGGAGGCGGGGCGCGCGAUCGAGAUGCUCAACGGGCAGACGCCGGCGGGCUGCGGCGAGCCGCUGCUGGUCAAGUACGCCGACACGGCGGCGGACAAGGAGCGCAAGGCCAAGCGGCGGCAGAGCCGCGAGCCGCGGUUCAACCCGUACCAGAAGCCAGAGGCUGCCGGGGCUGCGGCUGCCGGGGCUGGGAUUGGCAAGCCCGUGGCUGGCGGGGGGAUCCCGGGGCAACCCCAGUCGUAUGUCAACCCCCUGGCGGCCAACGGCGGCGGCCAGCUGCCGCAGUUUGGGCUCCAGGGCUUCGCGGGCGACCAGGCGCUCAACGCGCUGGCCCUGCAGAAUCCUGGCGCGCUGCUGGCUGCCAAUUUGGGUGGGCCGGAGGGCGCCGCCCUCAACCAGUUCGUGUUGCCGAACCCGGGCCUGUUGGGCGUGCAGCCCCAGGCGGGAAUGGGGAGCUUCAUGCCCAACGGGGUGGGAGGGGCGGCUGGCGGGGCCGCAGGCGCCCCGGGAGGUCAGGACGGGUCGCUGCCCAUCAGCAUAUACGUGCGCAAUCUGCCGGUGGAGGCGGAUAAAUUGUACAUGUACGAGAAGUUUGCGCCCUACGGGGCCGUGUCGAGCGUGAAGCUGCUGACGAACGAUGCGGGGGAGGGCAGGGGGGUCGGCUUCGUGAACUACCUGGACAACCAGUCCGCGGUGAAGGCCGUGGCGGCGAUGAACGGCACCAAGGUGGGGGAGAAGUCGCUGCUGGUGGCGCUGCAGGCCCAGAGGAAGGACAGGAAGCCGAAGGCGUAUUACUGA